GUCCUGCCCUGCUGCGGGGGGUCGCUGCGCCAGCUGGGGCGCGCGCUGAGCCCGCGUGACGCGGCACCUCCGCCCGCAGGCGAGGUCGUCCCUAUCUUCGCUGAGAUUGACAACGGGACGUCCCGCGCGGUGGUGCCCAGAGCCGCCGUCAUCCAGACGCAGACCUUCGUCGCCCGCGGCACCAAGAAGCAGAAGACGGUGGUGGUGGCUAGCAUGGCGGGCGACCCCGUGGCCGCGGGCAAGAGGGACGUGUGGCACGGGCGCGCCCUGAAGAUCCCCCCCGUGGGCCCGUCUAUCCUGCAGUGCCGCGUCCUGCAAGUGGAGUACAGCCUCAAGGUGUGCGUGGACAUCCCUGGCACCUCCAAGCUGCUCCUGGAGCUGCCCCUGGUCAUCGGGACCAUCCCGCUGCACCCGUUCGGCAGCCGCACGUCCAGCGUCACCAGCCAGUACAGCAUCAACCUGGACUGGCUCAGCGUGAUCCCCGAGCAGCCCGAGGCUCCCCCGGAGUACUCGGCCGUGGUGUCCAGUGAAGACUGUAUGCUGAGCCUGUCCCCGCCCAGCCCCGCGGGGCUCGGCCCCGUCGUGGAAGGCCCCUUCUUCCCCUACAUCCAGGAGUUCCGGUACCGGCCGCCUCCGCUGUACUCCGAGGUGGAUCCCAACCCCCCCGCCGAGGGCAUCCGCCCACGCUGCAUGACGUGCUGAAGGACACGCUCGCACUGCCGCUGACUGCCACGAAAACCCCAUGGGGAUGAGAAGCUUGUGGGCUCCCCUGGCUUCUUCUGGAGCGGGAGAAGUACCCGAGAGGCGCCUGCGAGACUAGAGCGCCUGCAGCACCGAGAUCCUGCCUUUGCUCGCUACCCUUGCAGCCACUCGUGAUGGGACAGGGCUGUCCCUGGACUGACGUCUUGCUCUGGAGCUGGAGCGUGCUGGGCCUGGACUUGCCUGGCCUGGGGCAGGUGGUGUGUGCCUCCCAGGCAGAGGAGGGUGGAGGGCAGUAAAUACUUCUGUAGGGCUGUCGGGUUCCCCUGGGCAGUGCCUGGCUCCGUCGAAACGGCCUCGGCACUGACCUGCUCCAGCAAACUCCGGUGAUGGGAAUUGUCUGGAUCCCUGGAAGGAGCGUGGGUGGGUCGUGCCUUGGUGGCGCAGGUGCAGUCUCCGCCUGCUGCCUCCUUACGACAGCACCGGCAUCGGGGUUGGGGUCGUUCCUCGUUUCCCGCCACGCAGGGCCCUGCUGUUCUGCGCCUGCGAGCUUUAAGAUGUGCUGGGGCUGCCUGGGGCCGGGUCCCCGAACCGCACUGGGGCUCUGCACGGUGGAGAUGCCCCUGUGAUUGCUAGGAGGUAUAGGGGUGCAGGAAGCCCGCUGGGCAACUCUUGUGUCGCAAGUAGCCUGUGCUGGUGCUCGCGGCCUCCGCCGCGUGCCGCUCGAAUCGCCUGCUCCGGCUGCAAAGGUUGAGAGGAGCCGGACACGCUGAUGGUGACAGCUGUGCCGAUGGGAGGCCCCGUGUGCCCGUGGGGCCGGGUGUCCUGCAGUGGGCGCUCUGGGAAGAGUGGGAGUCCUACGUGGGCUCGCUGCCCCGCGGGCGGCAGGAGUAGCUGUAGCAGUGCUGGGCACGGUGGGGGCCGGUGGCAUUGUGGUGCUGAAGCCCGGGGGGAGGAGGGGCUGUCACGGGCUGCAUGAGUGCCCGGGUUCAGGCUGGUCCCCUUGAGACAAACCCAGCGCUGCGUCCCGCUGCAAUGAGCCGAGUCUGCGCGGCCCCAGGCCGGGGCUGUGGCUUGUGCCCCUGCAGAGAGCCACUGCCGCGGGCCUCACCAGCUCACUUCCACGGCAGCCCGCCGGCUCUGCUGGGGGCUGUCCAGGCUGCUUUUGAGCUUCCUGAAAGUGUUUUAUAAAGAACUUUUGUUUUUUUUGUCUGUAGUGUUCCUACUUUUGUACAAUGUGAGAUUUGGAAAUAAAACCUGAAAGAAAAAGUCUA